AUGUCUCUGGCUAUGUCACUGUCAAGCUUGUAUCUAGUUGCUUAUGCUAUUGUGGAUUCUGAAAAUGAGAGUAAUUGGAGAUUUUUUCUUGAGGUUUUGGCUGAAGAGUUUGCAAAACACUCUAUGUGGAGGGUGACGUUCAUUUCUGAUCGUCAUGUUGGGCUUGUUAGUGCUUUCCCUAGGGUGUUUCCCAAUAAUCCACAUGGGUUUUGUUUUAGACAUCUGAUGGCUAACCUUUCUGACAAAUUUCCAGCUGGUUCUUACCUUAAGGAUCGUAUUCCUCACUUGUUUAUGUGUUGUGCUUAUUCUCGCACACCGGAGAUGUAUGAGUUCAACAUGGAAAUCUUGAGGAGUGAAGGCGGCGACGUAGUUGCUCAAUUUCUGGAGGAUCUCCCCAAGGAGAACUGGUGUAUGGCUUACUUUAACGGCGAAAGAUUUGGUGAAAUGACAAAUAACUUGGCUGAGUCUUUCAAUAAUUGGGUGUUGCCUCUGAAGAGUCUUCAUGUUCUUGAUAUUAAUGAUGGGAUUAGAGUGAAGUCCAUGGCUUCAAUUGCUGCUCGGAAGCAGGAUGCUCAGGAAUGGUUGUCUGAGUUGUGCCCGGCGAUUGAAAAGAAGCUGAAGGAGAAUUUGGAAGUCGGAAGGCAUUGGAGAGUGAGCAGAUCUCUUACCUAUGUGUAUGAAGUUCACUGCCAGAAGUAUAAUAGCAUGAUUACCAAAUUGCUGGUUAUUGAUUUAAUGAUUUCAAAUCAGCAUUUACUCACUGCAAACGCAAACUUAAUUAUUAGAACUGUGGCAAUUGCAUAA